GGGCUCGGGCGCCUCUGCGGGCCCGGGCAACGCCGCGCUCGCGCUCCGCCCGCAGGCAUCGAGGACCUGUGCGUCAAGAGGGACGAGCUGAGCAAGCAGAUCCGGCUGGAGGAGGAGGAGAAGAACAAGCUGCAGAACGACAUCCGCAUCCUGACGGAGCGGCUGGCGCGCAUCAACGAGAACCUGGCCCGCAAGAUGGCCUCCCGCAACGAGUUCGACAAGACGAUCGCCGAGACCGAGGCGGCCUACAUGAAGAUCUUGGAAAGCUCCCAGACACUGCUUAACGUUCUGAGGAAGGAAGCAGGAAAUCUUGCCAAAGCCACAGAUUCAAAAAACCCCACCACUAAAGAUAACUGAAUAUUUUGGCUUCGUGGCCUUGGCAUUGGUCUCCAAGGGGAGCCGCACCAUCACCCGGGAGCUGUGCAGGUACUGCUUAAUUGCAGGUAGAACAAUGUAUAAUAAAAGCUUUUCUUUUUCUCAAA